GCUCUUCCCUCUUCUUCCCCCAUCCUCCUCCCCACCCCCACUCUCUCUAUUAAUUUCUCAAACCUCCAAAUCUUAACACAAAUCUAAACAAUUCUAAAAAAAAUUGAGUUUUUCCAUUAUUAAAUGUAUCCAUCUUCAACAUCUUCUUCAUCUUCAAUGAGCCACAGCAGCAGCACUGCCGCUGCUGGCGGUGCUGCUGCUGGAGGAGGAGGUCUAACUCGCUACGGUUCAGCCCCUGGUUCAUUUCUAACCACGGCAGUUGAAUCCAUAGUUAAUGGUGGGAACCAUGAAUACGCUUCCGCGGCUCAUGGAUCUCAUCAAUCUCAUCAUCAUCACUCACACCUUGGUACGACUCCUUCACAGUAUUUUCCAUCCAAAGCUCCUAAAGAACAACAGUCCACCAAUUUGCAAAGGUCAAUUGGUUUCAAUGACCUAACAAUUGGUGGUGGCGGUGGCGGUGGUGGUGGUGGUAAUAGUACUGGAGUUAUGCCAACGGCGGCGGCGUCUUCAACAACGCCGUUGGUUAGACAUAGUAGCUCACCAGCUAGGUUUCUUAAUCAACUUGCUGCUGCAGCUGGUGAUACUGGGUUCUCAAUGGGGAGAGGAAGCUACAACACGAAAGGCGUUGGAGAUAGUGGCCGGGGAAUAACAAGGCUGAACUCCCAGCUGAGCUUCACAAGGCAAGAAGGUCUCUCUCAAAUAGCAGAGGAAAAUGAGGAUAUCGAAGGGACCAGUACAGACAACGGCCACAGAAAGUCGACACAUUCUUAUGCCACUGCAAGUAGCUUCUCCAUGGGUUCUUGGGAAGACAACAAUUCUAUAAUGUUCUCUGUCACACCGAGCAAACGAGCCAAGCACAUUAGCAAUGACAUUGUCAAUGGGCUUGAUGAUGGGGAAACUCAGUUUCAGUUUGGUUUGUCUCAGACAGCGCUAGAAAUGGCAUCUAUGGAUAGAUUGCUGCACAUCCCGGAGGAUUCUGUUCCUUGCAAAAUUCGAGCCAAGCGUGGUUGUGCUACUCAUCCUCGCAGCAUUGCAGAAAGGGAAAGAAGAACCAGAAUUAGUGGUAAGCUAAAGAAGUUACAAGAUCUUGUUCCGAACAUGGACAAGCAAACGAGCUACGCUGACAUGCUGGAUCUAGCAGUGCAGCAUAUUCGAACCCUUCAAGAUCAGGUCCAGAAUCUGAAUACAGAACUUGAAAACUGCAAAUGUGGAUGUAAGAAAUCAAGUCAAUAACAAAAUGGGAGGAAGCACUUUAGCUGAAGAUUGACUUAAAGAGGAUUUUUUUUAUCAUCAUUUCUUCUUAGAAACACAAAUUUGUACAUAAGGAAGUAAAUUAUAUGUUUGUUUUGGAUUAUUUCUAGUUUCUUUUUUUCCCUCUUAACAUUUACAUUUUUAAUCCAGUUUUGAGUUUAUUUUGCUUGAA